GCUAUGGAAUUAAGGCCCUGCCUCUCUGCUUCCAAUUGGCCGUGGGCGGGCGAGUCCCCGCCUGUCGUUUUCUUAUUGGUCCAUGCGUACGAAGGGCGCGCCCCAUUGGGCCGCGCGGAUUUGGGCACCAAAUUCAAAGAUUUUAAAAGUACCAGCUGGCGCCUUUUAAGAGCUACUGCUCUGUGGAGCGGCCAUCCCGCCUCGCCGCCGGUGUCGCGUUAUUCCUUCACCUGAGGCGGAACGCACGUCCACUGGCAUGAGCCGGCGCCCCUGCAGCUGUGUCGCACGGUCACCCUCCUGCUCCUGCAACUUCAGCCCAGUGACAGCCGCCGGGCGCCCUCGCCCCCCGGACAGUUAUAAAGAAGAAAGUUCCACUCUUUAUGUCAAAAUGAAGUGUGAUGUUAAUUGCAACCAUAUUCGUCCUGAAGUUAAACUGGUAAAACCUGAUGGCAGUGGAAGACAAGGUUUCUACAGUCCCGCCUAUUUGGAAAGUUCCUGUAAAGACUGCCUUAAAGACUAUGAGAGGUUAUCAUACCUUAGGUCAUCAGUUGUGAGCCCUCGGAUUGUAGAAUUCGAAACGAAAAGCAAGCCCUUGCAUAACAAGGAAAAUCAACGUGUUGAACAAACACUUAAUAGUUCAAAUGAAAUAGAAGAGCUAGAGACCAAUAGGCUUUAUGAAGACAGUGGCUAUUCCUCAUUUACUCAACAAAAUGGCUUCAAUGAACAUGAAGAGGAUACCCUCGCUCUGGAAGAAAAUUUCAGAAGCAGUCCACGGUCCUGCCUGCUACAGACACAAAGCCCAGACCAGUAUCCCAACAAAAACUUAUUGCCAGUUCUUCAUUUUGAAAAAGUGGUUUGUUCAACGUUAAAAAAGAAUGCUAAGCGAAAUCCUAAAAUAGACCGAGAAAUACUAAAAGAAAUUAUAUCCAGUGGGAAUUUUAAACUACAGAAUAUAAUUGGCAGGAAAAUGGGCCUAGAAUUUGUAGAUAUUCUCAGUGAACUCUUUCGAAGAGAACUCAAACAUCUCUUAGCAAAUAUUUUGGCUCAGCUCAGUGAUAUGGACUUAAUCAAUGUGUCUAAAGUGAGCACUACUUGGAAGAAGAUUCUAGAAGAUGACAAAGGGGCCUCCCACUUGUACAAAAAAGCAAUGCAAAGAGUUACUGAAAAGAGCAUUAAGUCUUCACCACAUGCUUCAACCAGAGAAUACGUUAUGAUCAGAACUGCAUUAGCUUCUGUUCAGAAAUCAGUAUCCCAGGCUUUGCCCAAAAAAGAUGCUCAAGCCAAGGUAUCCAAGAAAGAUGAUCAGAAAGGUUCCACUUACAGUCGACACAGCGAAUUCUCUGAGGUUGCUAAGACUUUGAAAAAGAAUGAAAGCCUCAAAGCAUGCAUUCGCUGUAAAUCACCAGCAAAAUUUGAUUGCUAUUUACAGCGUGCGACCUGUGAACGAGAAGGUUGCAGAUUUGAUUAUUGUACAAAGUGUCUAUGUGAUUAUCAUAGCACUGAAGACUGCUCAAAUGGCAAGCUCCUGAAAACCAGUUAUAAACUGGGUCCUCUUCCUGGUACUAAAAAAAGCAAAGAGAAUCUACGAAGGUUGUGACCUCUGAAUAAAUCAAUUGUAAAUUAUCAUGACGGGUAAUUAAAAAUGUUAGGUUUUUAGUAUAGAUAGUAAAAGUAAUUGUUUUUUAAUGUUCAUCACUGUGAUACCUGAAAUUUUCUUCCCCAAAAAGAGGAUAGACGGCCUCUUAAAAUAUUUUACAACUUGCUGUGAAGAAGCUUAAAAUUCUCAAUACAAAUCAGAAAUUUUAAAUAUUUAUACAAAAGAGAAAACCGUUACCAAAGAUUUAUGCUUUAGAGGGUAAAAGAAAAUUGAUUCAGUUUCAUGGUACAGUCUGUCUAAUUUUGUCUAGACAAUCUUAAAUUUAAAUCUGGUUUGCUACCUAUUAGCAUUAUAUUUGCUUUAUCAAAUUAAUACCAACUCAGCUAUCAACUUCCGGAUUCUGUUAAUUUAAAUGUUUGUCACUUGUUUUUCUUCUGUCACUUGUUUUAAACCUUUUUUUCAAUGUGUCUGUUUCCCCAGAUGUGUUAUUUGUAAAAUAUUGCUGUCUUUAUUUCUGAAGAUAA